AUGGAUGAAUCGAGCUCCUAUGACCUUGCUCCACCGCCUCCUACGCGCUCGAACACUAAUGCGGAAGGCCUUGCUGAGAGGCUUUUCUCAGCAGACCAUCUGCACCUCAUACUGAAGGAUCAGACGCUUUCCCAUCGUUUCACGGUCUUCUUGAACAGGUAUCGACCACACUCCGUGCCCGCGCUCGUCCGGUAUCUUGAGUCGCAAAAGGCGCUUACAGCUAUCCGUUAUGCCAACACCCUCGCCGAUUCUAUAUCGACACGGUCGCGCCAAUCGUCGACCUCGAGCGCUGCGGUGGUAGAUACCAAGUUCGAGAAUUUUUCGCGUCGAUCUAUAGACGAGCUUGUCAGCGAGGCUUUGCCGGCCUACAUAACAUACCGGAUGGUAAACGUUGUGACGGAGUGUCUAGUGAAGGAGAUUACCGGUAGCAAUACUCCUCUCAUGCAGGAGCUGAUCCAGGGGUUAGCCGAAGUCUAUUGCAUGACCGAUCCAUCAUUGCCCGACAAUCCUAUUGUAUUUGCUUCUGAAGAAUUUUACAACACGACCCAAUAUGGAAGGGAAUAUGUGAUUGGGAAGAAUUGCAGAUUCCUCCAAGGACCGAAGACAGAUCCAAAUGCCGUCGCGAGAAUCCACUCUGCAUUACAGAAUGGCCAGGAAGUCUGCGAAAUCCUCCUCAAUUAUCGCCGAAACGGCCAUCCCUUCCUAAACCUUGUUAUGAUGGCGCCUUUGAUGGACCAUCGAGGCAAUGUAAAAUACUUCAUUGGUUGCCAAAUCGACAUCAGCUGUCUCAUCGAAGGAGGUCGCAGUCUUGAAUCGUUUAAACUACUCCUUAGCAAAGACCGAGAGCUGGAAAUGAAUGAAAAGCCGCUACCAGACCCAUUCGAUUCCAAACCACCUCUCAAGGCGCUUCGCGACUUCAGCGAACUCCUAAACGACGAGGAAAUUGAAGUAGUGAAGGAGCGCGGGCGAAGAAACUCAAUGGAAUCGGGUCGCAGCACUCCAACCCGAGCAACAAAUGCAAGAAGACUCGUGGGCAUGGACGAACCCGUGGAGCCGCCCAAUAUCUGGCCUCCGAGCCACUUUGGGGCCUCGGGGAGACUCCCUGGCGUGUACCAAAAUUACUUGCUCGUUCGGCCGUACCCCUCGCUACGAAUUAUCUUCACCUCUGCUGCUCUGCGUAUCCCUGGGCUGUCACAAUCUCGGCUGAUGGAUCGCAUCGGCGGGCCAUCUCAUAUCCGCGACGGCUUGAUCGAUGCCCUUGCAGCUGGAGUCGGUGUCACGGCCAAAGUCUCCUGGCUCACCCAUUCAACGCACGCCCAGCACUCGCACUCUAACUCCGAGGGCUCGAACGGCACGGACGGAUCAGAAUUCCUCGAAGGCAGACACCGGUGGAUACACUGCACUCCGCUUAUGGGCUCAGACGCUAAAGUCGGGGUUUGGAUGGUUGUCAUGGUUGAGCAGGAGGCUGUAACUGGGACGCUUAAUCAUCACUCGCCGAGAAAUACCCCCCUUUUAGCAGUGAGGGAUUUUAGUAGGGAUGGCUGGCCGCUUCGGGGAAUGGGUGUCUCGGCUGCGAGCGCGAGGUUUACGAGUGCUAAGUUAUAUGCAGAUUAUUUGAGACGCGAAGGUCGGACCGGGAGCUCGGAAGAGAGGAGGAGUAUUAGGAGUAUUAGGAGUGGGAGGAGUGGGGAGGAAGAUGCCCCGAAAAGAAGUGCUAGUGCUCGGAGGAACCAUGGGAUAGAGACAAUUUUUUAA